CCGACCCCCCUCAAGCAACCGCUGCUCCUGUUGCAGCGCGCACCCUGAGCGCAGAGUGUCUGCAACGACCAUGGCACGAGUGCUGCCGCUCCUGCUGCUGCGGCUCAGCGUGCCGUGGAGUGGUCUCGUUCACCCGGGCUGGGGAUUCAACCUGGACACGACGACGGGCGUGGAAUACGCGGGGCCACCCGGCUCCUACUUCGGUUACGCGGUGGAUCUGUACACGCAGCCAGACGCCAUUGGCAUGUUGAUCGGGGCUCCGCGGGCCAACACGUCCCAGCCCGGAGUGACGGAGGGCGGAGCGGUCUACUUGUGUCCCUGGGGCCGCGAUGGGGCCCGUCCCUCCUGCCACCCCAUCCCGUUCGACCUCACAGGUGACCGCAUGCUGACCCUGCCGACGGGCGUCCGGGACAGGGUGGACUACAAGUCGCGCCAGUGGUUCGGGGCGAGUCUGCGCGCCCUCCGCUCCAGCGUCAUGGCGUGUGCCCCGCUCUACCGCUGGAGAACGCUGCGCCCUGCGCGCGAGCGCGAGCCUGUGGGCACCUGCUACGUGGCGCACGGAAACUUCAGCAGCUUCGCCGAGUACUCGCCCUGCCGCAGAGGCAAUCCUGACCCGCCGGGUCAAGGCUCCUGCCAAGGAGGGUUCAGCGUCGAUUUCACGGACGCGGGGACCGCGGUGCUGGGGGGGCCGGGCAGCUUCUACUGGCAAGGGCAGCUGAUCGCGGCCCCUCUGCGCGCGGUGCUGGGCAGCCACAACGAGACGUACAUCAACCAGGCGGUGCAGGGGGAGACGCAGAGCCGGGCGCGGCAGUCCUCGCACGACGACAGCUACAUGGGGUACUCUGUGGCUGUUGGAGAAUUUACUGGUGAUUUGCAGCAAGAGUACGUGACAGGAGUCCCCAAGGGGUUGCGCUCCGUGGGAUAUGUAGCGAUCCUGGAAGCGGACAACAUGACCUCCGUGCAUAACUUCAGCGGCGAGCAGAUGGCUUCCUACUUCGGCUUCGCCGUGGCGGUCACGGACGUCAAUGGUGACCGGCUGGACGACGUGCUGGUGGGAGCGCCGCUCUUCAUGCGCCGCGUGUCCGAGAGCUCGCUGCGCGAGGUCGGCCGCCUCUACGCGUUCCUGCAGGAGCGGCCGCUCUCCUUCCGGGAGCCGCAGACCGUCGACGGCCCCCACACCUACACGCGCUUCGGCAGCGCCAUCGCCCCGCUGGGCGACCUGGACCAGGACGGCUAUAACGACGUGGCGGUGGGCGCCCCGUUUGGCGGGGAGGACCAGCGCGGCCUGGUGCACGUCUACAGCGGCAGCCGGGACGGCCUCAGGACGUCUCCCACGCAGGUGCUGCAGGGACAGUGGGCGUCUGCCGGCGUUCUGCCCGGCUUCGGCUACUCGCUGAGGGGCGCCGUGGACGUGGACGGGAACGGGUACCCAGAUUUGUUGGUGGGGGCUUUUGGAGUGUCCAAGGCCGUGCUGUACAGGGCCCGGCCGGUCGUGAUCCUGGACGUGGAGCUGCAGCUGCUGCCGCAGAUGAUCAACACCGAGAGCAAGGACUGCAAGAUGCCCGGCUCGGGUGCCCCUGUGUCAUGCUUCACAGUCAAGGUCUGUCUCUCAGCGGUUGGCAAAAGUGUUCCUGCAACAAUGGAGGUAGAUUUCCAGGUGCAGCUCGACCGGCUGAAGCUGAAGGGCUCGGGGCGACGGGCCCUCUUCCUGCUGUCCCAGACGUCGCUUCACGAGCAACGGCUCAGCCUGGCCAACCGGGCCCGGCCGCACUGCGUGGCCCUGCUCGCCUUUCUCAGGGGCGAGUCGGAGUUCCGUGACAAGCUCACGCCAAUCUCCGUGGGCCUCAACCUCAGCCUGGAUGAGCAGGCGAGGCGGGGCCCUCACGGCCUCCACCCCGUCCUCCACCCCUACAGCCCGCAGCACGUCAGCAAGCAGGCCUACAUCUUGCUUGACUGUGGUGAGGACAAUGUCUGCAUCCCCAAGCUGAAGCUCUCGGUCACGUGGGACCGCAAGGCGCUGCUGGUGGGGGAGGAGAACCUGGUGACGCUGGCGCUCGUGGCACGGAACGCGGGCGAGGGCGCCUACGAGGCGGAGCUCGUCCUCGUGCUGCCCCCCGAGGCCGACUACGUGGGCAUCGUCCGCAACGAGUCGCUGACUUUGCUGAGCUGCUCCUACAAGGCUGAGAAUGCAUCCCGGAGCGUUCUGUGCGACCUGGGCAACCCCAUGGCCGGCCAGAGCAGCAUAGCGCUGGGCCUGCGAUUCAGCGUCAAGCGGCUGGAGCAAGCGGGGCCCAACGUCACGUUCGAGGUGCACGUCAGGAGUGCGAACCAGGAGGCCCACGAGCACGUGUUUGAGGCUGUGACGCUGCCCGUCAGGGUCUCCGCUCAACUCGACCUCCGUGGGGUGUCUCUGCCGCCCCAGCUGGUGCUGCCCCUGCCCGACUGGGCCCCGCCGAGCGCCGAGCUGAGCACCGAGGAGCAGGUGGGGCCGCUGGUGCUGCACGUCUACGAGCUGCGCAACAGCGGCCCGGCCAGCGUGGGGCCCAGCCAGCUGGAGGUGGCCCUGCCGGAGAAGCUCAAGGAUCAGUUUGUGCUCUACCUCCUGGAGCUGGCGACCGAGGGGCCCCUCACCUGCAAACUGGACCGCCCAGCCAACCCCCUGCAGCUGCAGAUGAGCAUGACGGGAGCGGAGAUGCUGCUGAACGACUCGUGGGCCGAGCCGUGGCAGUCGCUUCGCCGCCGUCGCCGCCGGACGCUGCUGCAUCUGAGGGCCCUGGCCGCGGACAAGGGGCGCACGCUGAAUUGCAGCUGGGCCGAGUGUGCCCACGUGCGCUGCGACGUGGGCGUUCUGCACAAGGGAGAGAGCGCCGUGCUGAAGGUGCGGGCCCGGCUCUGGGCCGACACCUUCCUCAAGAGAGAAAACCAGAAGUUUUCCAUCCAGGCCUUGGCCAGGUUCGACGUGAUGCAGGUGCCCUACCGAAUAAAGCCCUCAGAGUACCCCAGCGGCAGCGUGGUGGUACAGAGCAAGGUGCUGUGGGCCCGCUCUGACUCGAGCCUGCCGCUGCCCUUCUGGGCCGUGCUGCUCGCCGUCUUCUCGGGGCUGCUGCUGCUCUCCCUGCUCGUCUUCGCCAUGUGGAUGGUGGGCUUUUUCCACCGCAAGAGGCCCCCACAGAAGGACGAAACCAACCAGCAGACCCAGGCAGCCCCAGCGUCCAACGGCCACGAGGCGUGACCCAGCAGCCUCACUGGAGCCAAGCUGUUGCCGUGCGCCUCUCGGCUCCCCGCUCCGCCGAACUUGGACACUGUGUGGCACGAGGCGCCUUGGGGGAAUAGGGACAUUGCCAGCGCUGGAACUGACCGAGCAAGAUCUUCCACCUGACAAACAUCACGCGGCGGAUGAAGGAGGAAGACUGCCACGUGGUUCUCGUUUCUCUCCUGGAAGGUGCCCAAUCGGCUGGGUGCGGCUGAAAGUCGGCGGUGAAGAUGGGCGGGACACCCGGUUCAAGCCGUCCAGAGCCACUGCCGCUGCGAAGUUACUCUUUGGCCAAAUCACAUUAUACCUCCUGGAAUGCCAUUCGCACUCACUCACGGUUUACAUAUCAGCUACUGAAAUGCAUCAAUUGAUUUUAGGCAACAUUUCGUUGUUUUGUUACAUUCAAGUAAAUUGUGUUACACGCUUACGGCGUGAAUGGGAAAAUUAGCAAGGAGCAACGGUUAACAUAGUGAACUUUGGUUUUGACAUGAGACUCACCCGUUCUAGCAUAUAUCAGCAUCUUUAUACAUUUUGGUGUUUAGAUGCUGGAAAAUUUUCUGAUACUUUUUUAUUUAUCCCAAAGGUGUUAUACAUAUUAUAGCAAAAUAACAACCUAUGUAUGGCAUUUAAACACAAACCAAAUAGCACCGCCUGCGUCAUUAGCACUGUGUUAUAGCAGAAAUGUAACAUUGAUAAUUGUUUUUUUAUCCUUUUAUCUGGCAACAAAACUGACACCUUUUUUUACAAGGAGUCAUGUUUGCAUUGACCACAAUACCUGCGGUCGGAAUGCAAACAAAAAACAACUCUGAAAAUGUAUGUACUGUCCUUGAAAUUGAUUGGUCCACACCCGAAACAGCUUUUCUUAGAGCCCAGUCUCACAUGGAGUUGGACCAGAUGACGCCAAGAGGCGCACAACUCAAAGACAAUGCAACAUCAGAGUUAGGCCAACGUCUUGUAAGAUGGUCAUAUGGAUAAUUUGCUCACAACGCUUGUAUAUUGUUCUGAUGUGGUACAGUUCGUUAUAAGGGUGGACAAGUUUUUGUUUGGCUUGUGCCUGUGCCCCACUGCUAAUGCAGCCCCUUCACGUUGUACGAUGAGAAGUUUGUGCAAGAAAUGCACGAAUGCAAUUCCACUAACCCUGGAAGUGCUGAGAAAAAAAACAAUUUUUAUGAAGACUAACGUGAUGUAUUUCGGUUGUGCUGUAUAUACCAUUGUGAAUAUGAAACUACGCGUUAUAAAGUGAAAUAUUAUUUUGGCCCGCUUACAUAUGGUGCUAUUGAGAUUUCAUCCAUGCAGCAGGGCGCAGCUGUGCCAUUGGGUACAUAACUUGGCUGAUCCCUCAAGUCACGAGCACAACAUUCUAUCCCACGUGUUCCAUGUUUUAAUACUCGUGCAGCAAUGAACAAAUUACGUUUCCCAACAGUGCAGUGUUUGCAGAAAUGUCCAGAAUGUAUGGUCAAGCGUGCACACGUCUUUUUUUUUACGUAUGCACACUUUGCUUUAUUGUGAAUUUCCAACUUGUGACCGAGCAAAAUGUAAAUAUGGCGAGGCUGACGAACUCGAAACGUCUGUACCUCCAGGUUAUUACUCUCUUCUGGGUUAUUGGGUGCAUUUCCAUGAAGGUGCUCUUUUUGAGCAUCAACUCCAUUGCAAAACACUUCCCUUCUGUACAUUGACACUUGUAAAUAUAUUUUACCGACACCUCGUUAAAGAAUGAACAAAAAGAUUAAUAUUUCACGGCCCUCUUUUUUUUUAAUCAUUCAGCUGGUGUUGUCAACAUCCGAUUAUCGGGUUAGGCAAAUGGGUAAGCAAAGCCUCGUGUUCUCAAGCUGCCACACACCCCAAUGAACCAUUACCUCGAGCACCGCAGCACAGCAGCUAUUUCAUAAACGUACCCAGGAAGAAGCCGCCUUACAUCGCCUUGAACGUGUUAACAAAGUUAAUAUGGCGAUAGGGAAAUACAAUAUUACUAUUGUGGCCAUGAACACGAAAUUCCUAUACUGUACACCACUUUCAUCUCUCAUCCCUUCGCGCUCAGAAUCAUGUUUCAAAUAUUUGCACAAGUCGACGAUACUACAGUCAAACUCGUAUUUGCUCAUUUUUGUUUGUAAGUUGAUUGUGGCUCCUUAAAGAAUUUGAAUUCUCAAUAGGGAAACAUCAGCUUAGGCCAAAGCCCGCCUUGAGGAACUAUCCCAGUGGAGGCGGUCAAUUGCAGGGUAGCUGCGCCUUUACCCUUUCCCUAACACAUUUGUCCAGCAAAAUUAUGGGCACCGCGUGUCUUCAGGGUCUCACGCUUUGGUCGGCAUCGACUCUCUUGUCCAUUCGGCUUGAUCCGACACCAUACCGCGUCAACCAGCCCAUACGGUCUACCCGUAUCCUUGUACAUGCAAAUUUUGUUUUCAGGUCCAGACAUUUCAAUACGGGCAAAUAUUUUUCGUCUUUUUGUUGAUGUCUCUCCCUGAUAAGGGGUUAACAGGUCUUGCGACACAAGCCCCCUUUCUUCCCACGAUGGAUAUGACGACUGUAUUCGGUGGAGGCAUGUUUCUGUGGGCAGUCACUUUGAGUCUUGUUCUUCUAUUUACUGCAAAACUCAGUAUGAAUGAUAUACGAUACAAUAAUGCUUUCGAUAGUUCACGUGAAGUGCGUUGCUUAGGAUUAUUUCUAAUAUACAGCACAGGCUAGAAUCCCUCUGAUUUACAGCCAUCUAAGGUGAGAAGCGUAUUGCUGCUCUAAGGAGUAGCACCAAUUAGCGUUGUUGAGAAUUAAAUUAAAUAAAUCAGCAGAAUAUACGCCUGCAUAUCUCUGUAAAAAAUGAAAGUGUUUUGUACCCAUACCAUCAACUUACACGACCUUCUUUCUGGGAGUGCAUAAGUUCAGCAGCAUUGCUCCAGCACAAGCAAACUCUGGACAUGUCUGAAUAAACUUGUAAGAAAUG